AAAAUAGGGAAAAAAAAUUGAUACAGUACCUUCUAGAGUGUGCUUUAAAUAGCUCCGCCCUCUUCUCGGAACUCCUCUUUCCCCCCUCUGGACUGCGUGCUGAAGCUCUGAGCACACAGAAUCAGAAUAGUGCAAAUCAGAAUCUAAUGGCUUUGCCCAACCAACAGACUGUUGAUUACCCGAGCUUCAAGCUCGUCAUCGUUGGCGAUGGUGGAACUGGGAAGACGACAUUUGUGAAGAGGCAUCUCACCGGAGAAUUUGAGAAGAAGUAUGAACCAACCAUUGGUGUGGAAGUUCACCCUCUGGACUUCUUCACAAACUGUGGGAAGAUCCGAUUUUAUUGCUGGGAUACUGCAGGGCAAGAAAAAUUCGGUGGUCUGAGAGAUGGUUACUACAUCCAUGGGCAAUGUGCAAUUAUCAUGUUUGAUGUUACUGCCCGGUUGACUUACAAGAAUGUUCCCACAUGGCAUCGAGAUUUGUGCAGGGUCUGUGAGAACAUACCCAUUGUUCUCUGUGGAAACAAGGUUGAUGUGAAGAACAGGCAGGUAAAGGCAAAGCAGGUUACAUUCCACAGGAAGAAGAAUUUGCAGUAUUAUGAAAUUUCUGCUAAGAGCAACUACAACUUUGAGAAACCUUUCUUGUACCUUGCCAGGAAACUUGCAGGGGACCCCAAUCUCCAUUUCGUGGAGUCUCCUGCCCUUGCUCCUCCUGAAGUGCACAUAGACAUGGCUGCCCAGCAUCAGCAUGAAGCUGAGCUUGCUGCGGCAGCUAGUCAACCUCUCCCCGAUGACGAUGAUGAUGCAUUUGAGUAGAAGUCUUGGAUCUGUGGAGAGACUUAAUUUAAUACCCAUUUUCAUCCUUUUUUGUGUUCCUUUUACUUCCUUGCGAGUUACCCCCUGAAAUUUCGGCACUUGUAUCGGAGAGUUUGAGUGUUAGAAGGUGAAUGUACGGUGAACCUCUAGUGGCCCAUGGGAGUUGUGUUUGUUAUUCGACCAUUGAUGUGUCUGCAGUUGUGGUUUGUGGAAGGAUUCUUUAGGCUGCCAUGAUGUUUUUGUCGGAAUUGGUUGAGCAAGGGUAUUAUGUUUGUUGGAUAUUUAUCCAUAGAUCAUCUAUUGAUAUGGGACUUAAUAGUUUGUGUA